AUGUUGGCUGAUGAAAAGUUAUUGAAGCAACUGAGAGCGGAAAAAUUUGAUUUGGGUAUCAGUGAAGUGAUUAGUUCAUGUGGAUUUGCGAUAUUCGAUAAGAUUAAUUUGGAGAAGUUUGUCGGUUCGUUCGCAACGAAUCUUUUACCAUCGGUAACUCGGCAGUUUGGUAUCGAUCAUAAUCCAAGCUAUAUUCCCGGUAAUGAAAUUAAGGGUAUUAAUAACAGUAGCACUAAAUGA